GGCUAAUCUAAUGAAGCUCUUUAGUGUUAUAAUUAUUAGUUUACCGAGAUUCCUGUGUAACUCUCUGAGUUGCGGCGAUUUUAUCCUGAGGAGCAAAAUGUUAAUAUUUAAGCUAAAUGCAGGUUAUAUUACAAUAUAACCUGUUUCGUUGAUGCAUACAGUUGCAACGCCUCAGUGCAAUCAAAUGUUGAUCGGCUUUCACAUGAUGUAGAGGAUCUUAGAGGAUUAUUCAUCACCACGGCCUAAGUGGAAUGUAUAAAGCCGUCUAAUGGUUGUAGCCCUAAUUGUAUGGAAGGAGAAACAUGAAGUUUUGGUGCGUGUUGUUAUAUUUGCUAGGUAAUGUGACAUCAAUAAAUAUCCAAGAGGAUCAUCUCUUCCUGGACAAAUCAAAACCACUAUUAAUUCAGUGUUUCACCAACAAGAGCUCGGCAAAUAUUGAGUUUCGUUUAGAUUUGGACUCAAUCGCAACAUGUAAAUUUAGUGGACACUCUAUUUGCGUUGUUAAAGAUAGCAGAUUCAUGAUGUUCGUCAACAGUUUACAUAUUCCAAACUACUUUCAACUAGAAUCUGUCAAUACCUUUGACCAGUCCCUCUGUGGAACGUACACAUGUAUUGAUUUGGAUACAGGCAUCAACGACUCCGUAAGCGUUUCCUUUAAAGAAUCAAACGGUGAAGAUGAUAAAGAUCCAUCGCGAAUUUCGACUGGAGAAGUUAUCGGUAUCGUCGUGCCCGUGGUUUUUGUCUGUGCAGUAUGUGUUUUGGGAUUUGUGUUGUGGAGAAAGAAACGAAUGAACAUGGUAUACUACAUACAACCAGGAUGGUGUGGUAACACGCCAUCAUAUGGAUCAAGGCGAUCUUCAUUUGAGAUGAAUACAGAUGAAGCAGAGCCCGCCGCAUGCUUAUUGAGACGACCUGGGCUAGAACGUUUACAUGCUGCAAUGCUCCCGAGCGGCCCCCUGACUGUGGAAGAUUGGAUGAGACGUCAAACAGUUCAAGAAGCGCACAGGAUGUGCAAUCGGAAUCAAAUUUGGGAAGAUGAUGCAGGGGCCGUUGAAUUCAAUUGGGAACAUCAUGAGCUAAGAAGAUUCCAUGCUGCAAUGCUCCCGAGCGGCCCCCUGACUGUGGAAGAUUUGUUGAGACCUGAAACAGGUUCUGAUGAUGACAAUAAAAAGACACUGGAGAGUGACCAGUCAACCAUGAGAGUUUCCGAAGCGCAGAUUGGAAGGAACCUGGAUCAUACUCAGCCAAAGAUGAGAGGAGUUCAUUACGUGGAAAGAGAUGCAAGAACGUUUAAGGUGUAUAACUACGUACAGAGACGAGCCAACGAUACAAUCGAGCUGUGCAAAGAUGGAAAAAGCAGCAGUGCAACACUUUGCUCAGAAAGCAUUAUCAUCAUAUUUCCUGAUGACCUUUCAACAACAAGCAACACGUCCCACGAAGCAUUUAGCGAUAUACAACAUGGACCAAUUGAAACCAUUCUCGACAAAGAUCCAUCUGUUAUUGUGUCCAUCGCAGCAAAUGACGAAUGUUUUGCAACUCUUAGGCAAAAAACUGAGGACAAACCGAUGCCUCCAGUUAUUUGCAAAGUAACAUGCGCAAAUCCAACCGAUAUAGAAGGUGAAAAGAUUCAACGAAAACAUUGGGGAUUUGAAUGUAGGGUAAAGGAUUUAUCGAAAGACAACGUGAUGGCAUAUGUCGAUGAUGUUUUGGAGUACUACGCCUUUGCAAUGCUCGAUAGAGCUACCGAACACCUACCAGAAUCAGUCUUAAGUUGA